CCCUGCUGCUCCAGGAAAAGGGGAAGAGAAGGGUUGAACCUGAGAGCCUUCCCUGGGCCUAGGGUCACCGUACAACCCAGCCCCCAGCCAGGAACCUGCCCUCCCUGCUCAUGGAUGGGAGGAGCCAGCCUGGUCAGCAGGAAGAUGGGUCGCCCACCAGAUCCCCAGAGCGCCCCAACCCCAGCUGGCACCACGGCCAUGCCUGAGCUCAUUCCAGACCUCGUCUCCAAGAUCCCCUGGCCCCACUGGGCAUUCAUUGUCGCUGCUCUUGGUGCCGGUAUCCUCGCUGUUUCCUGUCUGUUCUGUGCCAUCUGCUGCUGCUGCCAACGCCGUCGUCGUCGUAGGAAGAAGCUCCAGGACAAGGAAGUUAUGAGUCUGGGCAGUGCCCGCAGCAGCACCACCACCCACCUGGUGCAACCAGAUGUGGAGAACCUGGAGUCCAGCUUGGGGGAUCCUCGGCAGUGGGGGCGCAUGCAGCUCUCCCUGGAGUACAACUUUGGAAGCCAGGAGAUCAGGGUGGGUCUGAAGCAGGCGGCUGACCUCAGGGCGGAAGGCACGGCAGACCCCUAUGCCCGUGUCAGCGUGUCCACACAAGCUGGGCGCAGGCACGAGACAAAGGUGCAUCAUGGCACACUCUGCCCCAUGUUUGAGGAGACCUUCUCUUUCCACGUCCCACUGGCAGAGCUGCCCAGUGCCACCCUGCAGGUGCAAGUGCUGGACUUCAAUCGCUUCUCUGAGCACAAGCCACUGGGAGAGCUGUGCCUGCCACUGGGUACCCUGGAUCCUCAGCACGUUGUGGAGUGCUGGUACCAGCUGGGCCCACCGGGCACCAAUGAGGCUGAGCAGAUGGGGGAGCUGUGCCUCUCACUGCGUUAUGUGCCCAGCUCCGGCUAUCUGACCGUGGUUGUGCUAGAAGCCCGAGGCCUGAGCCCAGAGCUGGCAGAGUCCUAUGUGAAGGUCCAGCUCAUGCUGAACCAGAAGAAGUGGAAGAAGAAGAAGACAUCCAGCAAGAAGGGCACCACUGCCCCCUACUUCAACGAAGCCUUCACCUUCCUGGUGCCCUUCAGCCAGGUCCAGAGUGUGGACCUGGUAUUGGCCAUCUGGGCCCGUGGCCUGCAGCUCCGGGCCGAGCCUUUGGGCAAGGUGCUGCUAGGCCCCCGGGCCUCCGGCCAGCCCCUGCAGCACUGGGCAGACAUGCUGGCCCAUGCCCGGCGGCCCAUCGCCCAGUGGCACCGCCUGCAGCCUGCCAAGGAGGUGGACCGCAUCCUAGCCCUGCAGCCCCGCCUGCGCCUGCCAGUGCCUCGCCCCUAAAAGCAUCUUGGUCCUCAGUUUUCCCAGACAGAGCCAUAGGCACUCGUCUAGGCCACCUGUGGGACUCUAAUAAAAGCCUUCCCCUGCCA